UAGCAUCGAACUGAAAAAAAAAUGGCGGGAAAUGCGACGAUGGCUGCCGCGGAGGCGUCCAAACCGAAGGUCGACGGCGAACCGGAGGUGUGCUGGAGGAAAGAAGUAGAUCAGAACCUCAAGCGGCUGCAAUCGCUUCUAUUUGGCGCGGACGUGGCUCUGGAGAAGGGAGAUUUUGGCUCGGCGCAAGCGCUGUCCCUCGCGCUCAUCGGCUUCCUCGACUCUCACUCGCGAAGUUCGGUAGAUGAGGCCUUCAUCCGACCUAUCCGCCGUGAAGCCGUAUCCAGGCUCGGGUCGGCUCGGACAGCCUCCAUUCCCGAUUCUGAUCGCCAAGCAUUUGCGCAAGCAGGCAAAGAUAUAGGCCCUAUAUUUCGAAAUAAGGCUGGUGUUGACUUAGAGAAGAUCAAGCAAUCGAGGUAUUUCCGGUCACUUUCCCAAGAGUCAUGUGAAAGAACUGCGUAUGGAUUGAGAAAAGAAUCUGCUAAGCAGGAAGGUGUGAAAGCCUCAAAAACUCUUGUUCAGUCAAAACUGACUUCCUUGUAUGGAAAUGGUUACAAAGAAACUAAUCCAAAUUUCAUGAAAGAUAAGCACUCUGAGGAUUGUGUUGUUAUUGAAAAAAAUUAUUCGAGUCACAACUUUCGGCAGAACCAUUCUAUGUCUCCCAUCACUAUAGCAGAGGAUGGGGAAGGAGCUUAUGGGGUUAAUUUUAGGACCAAACGCUUACAUCGGGAAAGUAGUAGUCCUAGAAUUGAAAAUGUAAAAUCCCCGUCAUGUGAAGAAGCUGAUGUUGAUGCUCCUGGUAAAGGAUUUGUUACUGCUAGAGCAAAACUGGAAAUGGAGGCUAGGCAAAACAGAGGCUUAAAUGGAUCCCCAAGUGCAUCCAUCUCACCCCAAACUGAUGCUGGAACUCAGAGAGGCUAUGGAGCCAGAUCUUACAAUUAUACCAGACGUGGCGUCAGGGGUAAUUUUGUUCCUCCCAUCAGGUCAAAUGGGAAUAACACUGGCAAUACGACUUCGCGAAAUGCUGGGAAGAAUGAAGAUGCACUAGACGACUCAACGAAAAGAUGUAUGGAGUUGCUUUGUGGCCCUGAUGGUCAGCUUCCUGAAAAGUUAAGAAAUUUAGAACCUCGGCUUAUUGAGCAUGUCAGCAACGAGAUCAUGGAUAGGGAUCCUAAUGUUCGCUGGGAAGACAUUGCUGGUUUGGAUCAUGCAAAGAAAUGUGUAACUGAGAUGGUGAUAUGGCCUCUGCUGCGUCCUGAUAUAUUUAAAGGUUGUCGUUCUCCAGGCCGUGGUCUUCUCCUUUUUGGACCUCCUGGAACUGGUAAAACUAUGAUAGGAAAAGCAAUAGCUGGAGAAGCUAAAGCCACCUUUUUCUACAUAUCAGCCAGUUCAUUGACUAGCAAAUGGAUAGGCGAGGGUGAGAAACUUGUAAGAGCACUUUUUGGUGUUGCUAGCUGCCGCCAGCCUGCUGUGAUAUUUGUGGAUGAAAUUGACUCUCUUCUAUCUCAGCGUAAAUCAGAAGGCGAACACGAAUCCAGUAGGCGAUUGAAAACGCAGUUCCUCAUUGAAAUGGAAGGCUUUGACAGUGGCAGCGAACAAAUUCUAUUAAUAGGCGCAACUAAUAGACCUCAAGAACUCGAUGAGGCUGCGAGACGGCGACUGACAAAGAGACUGUAUAUUCCACUCCCCACUACAGAAGCAAGAUCCUGGAUCAUAAAGAACCUACUUGAGAAAGAUGGACUGUUCAACCUUUCAAAUGAAGACACUGAUACUAUCUGCAGAUUAACUGAAGGCUACUCAGGAUCCGAUAUGAAGAACCUGGUGAAAGAUGCCUCCAUGGGUCCGCUUAGAGAGGCUCUUAAACAGGGUAUCGAAAUCACGAAGCUGAAAAAAGAAGAUAUGAGGCCAGUAAAUCUUCAGGACUUUGAGAAGGCGUUGCAAGAAGUGAGGCCAUCAGUCUCACUCAAUGAACUCGGAACUUAUGUGAAGUGGAACGAGCAGUUUGGCAGCUUGUCGCUUUAGGGGCCAUCAUUCAAUAUAAGUUCCCUUCCCUAAUCUCUAAACUAAGUUGUAAUAUGUAUUGCUGAAUUUGUUAUAAAAUAAUUUGUUUUCGUUUUAUUAAUGCAUAUUUUCUUAUUAA